AUGCCUCAGGAGUUUUAUUUUGAGAAAUGUUCCACACAUCCUGGGCAGCUGAUCAAAUUUUACUGCUCUGAAUGUAAGAAAGAAGCCUGUAAGAAAUGCAAGGAUAAUGGGCAUGUAAACUGCAGAGAUAUCGCCCAUUUACCAACGCUUGCUUCAGACAUACAAAAAAGUGAUGAACUAAUAAACUUUAACAAAAAUAUGGAUCAAUUGUCAAAGGAUAUAAAAGACACAGAAAAGCUGUUAAAUGCUAAAAGUGAAGUGAUUAAGAAACAAGAGGAAAAUGCAACUGAUGCAUGCAUAGAGCAUAGCAACAAACUGAUAGCAACUUACAAACAACAACAUCAAGAUCUAAUUGAUGAAUUUGAUAAGAAAAUGGAAGAGACCAUUGCUAGGUUGAAGAAAGAAAGGUUAGAACUACUUCAAAAGGUAUCUGAAAAGGAAAGACAAUUUGAAGAAAAAGUAAGAAAAGCUGAAACAAAUAUAAAAGAAGAGGUUGUUAAGACAAACACAAACUUUAAAAAACUCAAGUUUGAACAUUUGAAUUUGGUUGGAAAUUUGAAGGCUCUUACUGUUGAUCUAGAACAGGCUCAGAAAUUAGGUCAAAACUGUGAACUGCUUAUAAAACUGAAGUUAGUGAAGCAAAUGUGUAAACAAAUUCAAGUCACCACUGGCCAAAUUCAACAUUCCUACAUACAACAAUACAAACUCCUCGUAUCUGACAUUCCACCAAAAGUAAAAUCUUUAGAGAAUCAAAAAAGGUUUUUCUCAUUUGAUAAAGUACAUGCAUCAGGUGUAGAAAGAAGACUUACCUUUAUUUUUGAUAUCAAUCACGAGUUUGACUGUAUAACUUCUUUACUUGUGCUAUCUGAACAUACACUUCUUGCAUCAGAUUAUGAUAGGUGUAGUCUUGUCAUAUUUUCACUUGAAAAGUCAAAUGCAAAAUAUAUUAAAGAAAUAAGAUUUAAAACCCAACCUUGUGGAAUGACUAAAGUUUCAGAUCAUAAAGUUGCUGUCACAUUUCCAAAUAAAGAAAAGAUCAGACUGAUUACAUUUUCUGAGGAAAUAAAAGUUUUAGAUACCACUGAGAUACCAGGACAUGGUUUUUGUUUUGGUAUUGCUCACAGUAAUAACUAUCUUGUUGUUUCAUAUUACAAAUCCUUUACAGGUAGUAUUAAGAUUUUAAAUAUGUUAGGUAAAAUAGUGAAAUCAUUUAACAAAGAUGACAAUGAUCAAAAUUUGUUUCCCAUUCCUGAUUUCUUGACUGUCAGUCCUGACAAUACUAUGAUAUAUGUCUCUGACUGGAGCAGUAACACUGUGACAUGUUUGACCUUUGAUGGUAAAGUGAAGGCUAUCUACAAAGAUGAUCAACUGAAACGUCCUCAACAACUUGCUGUUGAUGAAUAUGAAUCAGUUUAUGUGUGUGGUUGUCACUCAAACAAUGUCCAUCAAUUAUCACAUGAUCUCACCAAAGUGAAGAUACUGCUAGAUAAUAGCCAUGGCAUACUAAGACCAACAAGUAUUGCAUAUUGCCGAAAACACAAGAGAUUAUUUGUAAGAAUGGAUUAUAGUAGUAAAAUAAAGGUUUUUAAUGUUUCACUUGAAUAA